AUGGACGUUACGCUGCGACAGUUGAUUCGGAGAGGAGUUUUUGCCUGCAGAACUGCUGCGCAUGGUAAUUUAAAUCAAUCCUUAACGAGUUUUAUGCGGUCGUGUUUUCUCGAUCUCCCCUUUGUCUAAUGGACAAAUGGAAACGGGCACCCUAGUAGCAAACUACAUCGAGUAGAUAUCUAUUUUGACGCAAACAUAGAUAUCGAUUAAUCGAGAUACCACGCUAUCGGCGAAAAGGGGGGGGGGUUAAUAUGCUACGCGUGGAAUCGUUUGCUUAUCCCAAUGCCCUUUUCUACCCCCCAUCCAUUCCUUGUCGUAUGUUUAUUACCCCCCGAUUACCCAUAGGUACACUGGCGACGUUGUAUUGUAAUCUGUUUAUUAAAAAGCUUAAUUUAUAUUUACAAUAUAUCCUGCGCAGGAUAUUUGAAGGUCUUGUGGUGACUACAGAAAAGGAGAGAUUCGUCCAAAAUGCGCCACACGCCGGCUAAAUUUGCUACAGUUGGGCGUAGCAUUAAAAUUUGCUACUUAUUUAUUGGUGGCAGCGUCUUAGGCCGCAAAGACCACUUGGUCUUUGCAGCUUCCUUGCCAACACGUGGCUCUUUCCAAAGAGCUGGGCCAAGCUGUUUUGAUCCGUUCGAGGCGAUUUUUUUGUCCAUUAUUUCUUGAAUGCUCGAGUUUUCGCAAUAAAUUAAUGAUCGGUGUUUUGCCCGUGUGCCACUCUAUAGAAACAAUAAUGUAGGAUUCCUACAAGUAGCCUUUCUAUAGAAAGGCUACUUGUAGCUUCGGGUAGUCCCCUCCGAAAAAAACAUAUUUUUUCGGAGGGGGCUACCCGUUGAAAUCCCGGCACUCGGGUCUGCGAACGAAAAAUCUGACUCUUUGAUUUCAGAAUUGGUUGAUACAGGCAACUAAGCUACGCGAGAAUUUGCUUUUCAAGAGGUCUGAAAGUUUUGCCUAAACGUUUUCCACCCGCCACGCUCUUUCUCACGGGUCACUUUUUAAAGCCAGACAGUUUUUUUUAAAGUGAUAUUUCGACAUUUGCUAAAAGGUCCCACUGAAAUUGGGCAAGGUCGAUGAAGUUUCUCACUGCUCUGCAGGAAAUGUGAAUGCUUCUCUUUGGCUAGUUUAUGUGAAUGCAGAUGGGAACUUCUAACCUAGCCCUUUCAUGCUGUACGAAACCUGCAAAUUUAUUUCCAUGGCCUUUAAAAAUUAUGACGACAACGUUUACAUCACCCGCCCUGUCAUCGAUACCGAAUUUCCAUAGGGUACCCACAGUCUUCAAAUUUAUUGUCAGUGACAGAAAAAGAAGUAUACAGAUUUGCUAUACAUGAUCUCAGGACUUGAUAGGUCAUUUACUUCCGACAAACUGAAUGGACUUUUUUUCAGGUCCCCAGUUCUCUCCACCAACUCGACGCUUUACAAUAAGUGAUCUCUCCGAGCUCCAUCAGAACAUUCGACAAACAUGUCGAGAUUUUGCCGAAAAGGAGCUCCUGCCGAACGCCGGUCACUUUGAUAAGACUCACAAGUAUCCUAGGAAAAAGGUAAGUCAAGAAUUGGCCCUUAAAAUCAUGGUUAUAGUACAUUCUCACGCGACUUUACCGCAAACAUAGUUUUAUAACAAUCAGACUUUACUCUCUAGUGAUUUUUAAUAAACACACUGCUGCUUUCAUUGCAUACGCUGGAACCUGCACUGACUGUAUAGUGCGACCAAGGCUAAUACAAACACGCGCGCAGGAAGCCCCAUGUUGCCUCAUGAGGUGCAACACAUGCGUACCUGGACUUACAAAUCGCUGCCUCUCCCUACAUGUCCCUAAAAAUUAUCGGCAGUUUACUUAGCGUAAAUUAGAACUUUCCGCACGCAGCCUGACCAGCUGGCAAGAACGCUAUCGUCUGAGACAGCAAUAGUGCUUUCAUCAGUUGCUGUCCAAACUAGGAUGAUGAUGGUGUACUAGCCUCCUUACCUCCCCUCCUCCACCGUUUCCGUCGUCACUGGCACUCGGUUAAUUGCAGUAAAUUAUCCACCUGAUUAAUUUAUUCAUCAAACAUAUUCACUGGGUGUCAGUUAGGUUGUAGCCUGAAUAGCAAACAGAGCGUCAACUAUUAUUCAACAUGUAUAGUCAAUCUGUACAGGGAGCUGUCAGCGGAUGCAUUAUUUCCCCUUGCAAUUCGGCAUCUAAUCGAAAACCGAAACAACCAUCUUGGAGAAGAAACCUCACCUCUGCCACUCAUGCCAUGCAAAUGCCUUUUGCCGACCGCGAAUGACACAAAAUACAACAGCCGAAAAAAAUUCAAGUCGAUUGUAGUGAGGUUACCCACGCCCUUUGUGGUUAAUACAUUUGCUUUGCAGGGCAGAUGUUAAUGAUUUUGGGCUUAUGCUGUUGUAUUUUUGUUUUCAAUUAAUCCUCCAUCAGAUAGAUUUGUUUGCCUAUGCCUUGUAGGAAGUAGUGAGCUGAUUUACUUAUCUCGGUGGCAGGCAGUUUUGGCCGUAUUUUUCCCAUUUCAAAUGCAUAAAGUACGUAAUCGAGUAAUUCACCCGUAUCCCCUAACGUGACGUAUAUCUUUCAUUCUCUCCAUAAUACUAAAAUCACCCAGUGACGGUUUUCAUGCUACAUAUGACAUUUCGAUGGAUCAAACCGCACUCGACAGCGGUCGUAAUGUGUUUUUCAAAACGGGCAGUAUCUCUUACUUAUCGUCAUCUCGCUGGUAAAGCACGCUUCGGUUGCAGACGCCGCAUUAACAGCCCGGUCGAUAAUCUUUAAUCCUCCGUCACUAUCCGCUCCUAACAAUCGCUUGGGUUGCUUUUCUGGGUUGCACCCCCUGACAUUUUGACCGGACAGCCGAGUACCAUGGACGAGCAGGCUCGUUUAAUGACAGUUCGGGGUUGCCAUGCCUCGCUGGUAUUAGCAAGGUUUACGGUAAUUUAUAAGGCAGUCGGCUUGUUUGGUCCCGGCCAUCUGAAGCCUGGUAGCACUGUUGUUUCUGGUACACGACUAUCCUGAGUGCGCUCAUGUCGCAGUUGACUUCCACCACCGUUACAUGCCAACAGCUGGAUUAACCAUCACUGUGUCUAGGCCUGUCCCAAGUUGUCUGAGAGCCGUUCUUCUAGAUGAGUACACCAGUUUUGCAAAUAAGACAGGCCGCACUCGCUGCAACACCAUGGGGACAGCUCAGACCCAGGUACGUUUAUUGUCACCCGCCACAUGUGAUCUUGAGCCGACUUCGCCGCCUCAUUGGAGGAAAUAAAGAGGAUACCAGCUCGAAACCUGUCUUUGCAUUACCCGUCAAUACAUGAAGAUGGUUCUUGGGCUGGUGGUCUUCGUUGAUGGAAAGUUGAAUGAUUCCAGCUCUCCAGAUCCCCUACCUUAGAGGGUCACAUAAAAAAUGUUAAACGCGUGCUGUAAUUAAGGCUGGCUGGAUCAGACAGGAUCACAUGUGUAAAAUUGAAGGUUGAUAUAGCGAUUUUAGCCCAGAGUAGUAGAGGCUUAAAGGUUGAACACAAGAGGUUUAGGAACUGUGACGCUUUUAAAGUAUCUUCAAAGCUUAACCCAGAUUCACAUAAGCGGACAGCGUUUCCUACACGUUCAGUUCAGAUGAACUCUUCUGGCGUCUACGAUGAAGCGUCUUUAUAGUUUCGUCCAUUAGCAACACUAUCAAAACUCACAAAAAUAGUUUGGGAUAUUGGUGGAUACAUCUUUUACACACCUUUGGAUGUUACAGAGACAUAUUUCUCGUCUAAGUGUUUGCUUCAAACUAAACAUAAAUCUCAUUUCAUAGGUUGGUUUUCUGAUUAGGACCUAUCUUUCACUUCGAAUACCGAAAAAAUACACUGAUACUGAUACUAAGGUCAUCCUAAUUUGUUCAGUUUUCCCGCCCAGUGUUGAUAGGGGUUCAUGAUUUGACACAAAUGUAAAAGUCACCCGAGUUAGGGCCCGGUUAAGGAUUCCCUUGACUUAGAAUAUUUCGCUCUUCAAAGACGCAAACCGAGGUCUGAAAAAGAGGCUCUAAUUUGGAACUUGGACUUUCCUAUCCCUUGCGCUAUGCUCGCAAAUUUAAAAUUGGCGGUUUUGCCACUUAGGGAGAGUGGUAGUGCUCGUUUCAUAUGGCUGUAAAUCUACUAAUAUCUUUCUAUGUGGGCUUGGUAUUGACAAACAGUAUGUGAACCACGUUUACAUUAAUGAGUGUGUUUUUUGUAAACUAUUAAAGCAGCCCAGUAUUUUUUUAACAGAUCCAGAAACUCGGCCGACUGGGUCUCAUGUCGAUGUUAGUGCCGGAACGCUACGGCGGCAGCGGAAGUGAUUACCUAGCCUACGCCAUCGUCAUGGAAGAAAUUAGUCGCGGCUGUGCUUCCGUUGGUUGCAUCCUCUCAGUUAAUAACUCGCUCUAUCUGGCUCCCCUGAUAAAGUACGCCAGCAGCCAGCAGGUGGAGGAGUUUAUCUUGCCCUUCCUGGAUGGCGAUCGUGUGGGCUGUUUUGCCCUAAGUGAGCCCAACAAUGGCAGCGAUGCUGGGGCCGCCUCAACGCACGCCCGCAAGCACGGCGAUGGCUGGAUCCUCAACGGUGUCAAGGUAAGCGGUCUUCAGGAGACUUGACGGGGGGGGGGGAAGAGAGCGACAGAGUGGGUCUUGUCUUCUCAUUCAUUUAUUGUCGAACAGUGCGGUUCAGAUAGUUUUUUUCGACCACUGAUGGUGACUGUUGGACUACACAUGUUUUCCAGUUCCUCCUUGUGUAUUCUGUCAAAGAGAAGUGAACUAAGUGGAGAGCAUUCUGUUACAUCCUAGCUAAUUACAGACAAUUGUAGGACCCAGUCGAUGGUUUUUGUAGCUGAUAGUGGACGCAGGUAUGCCACAGCUUCUCUUGGCGGAAAUAUAUGUUUUGAUAGCGACGACUAUGCCCCUACAAGGCGUCGCGCGGUAGAUGCGCUGGAUCAACACAGGAGCCAGCCUAGGGUUCGGUACGCGUUAUUGGACUGCACAUCAAUAGCAAAUACCAUACACAGGGGUUUGGUGGCAUGCCCCGGCCCAGGCUCCUGCCGUAUCGGCCACCGGCACCCGAUCCUGCCUCUGGUCUUCUGGGUGGGAGAGGCGGGGUGUGGUCGACUCAACGCAAGUCCACUCGCACAGUAUAUUAAGUAGUGCGCAAGUCAUCGUCCCUGUGCCUACCCCGCCGUUCGGGUAGUUGGUAGUGAUAACCGACUGAAUACUGCUAUUCAGCUGCUCAUGAGCGUCCUCUAUCGCCUCGUAGUUUGUCCUGUAACCAGGACAGGUCGUAUUCCGGUGUUCUCAGGUGACCUUUAGUACUCGCAAUCACAUGCCAAACUACGGGAUUUGUGGCUCAAGCGAAAAAACGCCUGAUCCAAAUGCACGAUGACCAGCCUACUCUGGCUCAAAUAUCACAUCUCCCCAUUCGUAAUUUACACCAUGCCUAACGGCCGACAGCGAAUGAGCCAGAAAAAGCUACUUCUACCUCCAACACCUUGGGUAAGGCCACGGUCGACUCCCUAUGGACUAGAAACUCAUCCAUAGGCUGAGUCUGGUCUAUACCGCGUUCUCUGAAAUUUCGAUAGCUAGAGUGCGCGCAUCUUCACGCUAUUCGGUCACUCGAGUAUUUGAUUGUCCCUUUUCACUACCUGCGGCACCCAUUUGAGGACAUUUUGUUGUUUAGAUGCCCGAACCUUCCCAGUGAAUUGUGUGAUUACGUAUGUAGCACGACGUUAGUUUGUGGCUGCCGUGAGCAUAGUUGAACUAUGAUUUCUCGAAGUUCGAGCCACCCAGUGCUUUGGUUAUGGUUGCUUGAUGGCGGGGAGUGGAUUCAGAAGGUGGACGUGUCUACACCACUCCGCAGAUAGGUAGUUAUGGGCUUUGAACACCCGUCAGAGGUAUUGAAGUUCGGCAAUCUUGUCUUCCGGCCCACUGAAGUGCAUGUCAGCGCGCCGACAGGGCGUCCUUACACAACUUCGUUUGUGUCUGUUCGGUUGUUUGUUGUUAAAGUUCGGUAGUGCGUUAUAUUUGCUGCUUUCCUGAACACUUCAGCCUUUGGGCCACCGAAAUCUUUGCGGCAUUCGAGAACAUCCAGGAAAGUCAGCUGGUUGUCUUCUUCUACCGUUAGCUGCAUGCCCACGAAGGCAGUGUUGAGACGUUCUCUGAAUCUCAGAAAUUGAUCCCGGUCGAUAACAACGAAGGUAUCGUCCCAAUACUGAGCGCAGAAUCUCAGUCCGUGGUGUUGGAAGACCAGCGACUCUAACCGUUGCAGGACCGUCUGGACGAUGAGUCCCGAAUAAGUUUGUGGGCCCUUCACCUGUUCGUGGACUGUUCCGUCAAACGUGAAGUACGUUUUGAGACAGAACUUCAGGAACUGAAGGACAAUUCUCCGUUUCAUCGUAUUUGCUUUGCAGAAGUAGCUCCCUGGUUUCGAUCGCCACAUCCUGUGGAAUGGAAGUAAAGAGGAACGUGACGUAAAAAGGUGCCAUGACCUCAUUUGGCGAGAGACUUACUUUCUGCACGCUCAAAUCCGACGAGGCCGAAGUUCUUGCCAGAGGUGACAGUCGCGCGAUGCUUGAGUCAUAAUUCACUGGCCUCCAGUCUAUUAACAAGUGCUAGGAUCUUAUCACUCCAUAUUCGGUGCUGAGACUUGGCCUAGGCGGAGUAAUUGGCCACGGGGGGAGCUCACAGGCGAACACUAUUCCAACGCCAGGGUCGGUGGGUCAGAUAAUCGAGCAGUAAUCACACCAACAUUCAAAACCCCUGGUGUAAUUGCAGCGACUAAUGUCGGCAAUCGAACAGUCAUUACAGCAAGUGCAACAGUCCCCGAUGAAGGGGACAACCGUGCAUUUUUAUAGGCAUACGAUAGCAUGACAAUUGUAUCUUAUAAAUAUUGCGGCCCCUUAUGCAUGAACUCACCGUAUCUGUUGUUGUCUUAAAUGAUAGGUUCAACCAGAAAUCGGAAACGACAAGUGUGUCUCCAUCUUCACAACUUUUUUCUAGAACUCGCUUUUUCGCUUCUAUUAGCGAUUGUUUGCCGCUAUUCGACUGCCCAUGGGGACACUCUAUCACUACGUAUUUCGUUUUGAAACCAAAACAGGCCUGCCGCCGCUGCCCGCAGGCGACCUUUAGCACUCAGAAUCGCAUGCCAUACUAGGGCACUCGUGGCUCAAGCGGUAGAACGUCUGGAUCAAACUCUUGAUAACCAGCCGAAUCGAACUCAAAUAUCGUACCUCCCCAGUCGUAAUUUGAACUACGGUCAACGGCCGACAGCGAAUAAGCCAGAAGUGAUUAUUUUAAUCCCUUAUAUCGGUCGUACCUUGAAUAAGGCCACGGUCGACUCCCUGUGGAUUAGAACCUCAUUCAUAGGCCGAGUCUGGUCGUCUGCAACACAUUCUUUCAAAUCACGACGUCAUUAAUCUUAACAGACACGGAUACAUUACUGUUCGGUCACUCGAGUAUUUGAUUGUUUCUUUUUACUACAUACGGUGCCCUUUUGAGGAGGUCCUCUUAUUUAGAUCCCCAAGCCGUCCCAGUAGAUUGUGUGAUUACGUAUGCAGCACGACGUUAGUCCUUAGUUGUCGCGAGCAUAGUUGAACUUUUGUUGUUCGAACCUCGAGUCAUCCAGUGUUUUGCUUGAUGAGGGCGAGUGGAUUCGGAAAGUCAGCUUGUUUACGCCAUUCCUCGGUCAGACUAAAUAAGUGAAUGUACCCCCCCAGAUGGCAUUAAGUACUUGUAGGGAAGAAAGAGGACUGCUGUAUGCUUACUAUUACUAUGUCUCAUUCGAGCCAACUCUGUAAAAACGUCGGCACGUGAAAGUAAUGCUGCGUUCAUUGGCAAAAGGUAACUCGGAUACCAUAUCCGCAGUGGGUGGGAGCUCGGUAGACGGCGUCAGGCUAAUUCUGCGGCCAAGCCAGCCCCAUUCCUAUUACUUAAAGGCACUCCGAUCAGAUUUGGUUAUGUAGCCGCACCUGAGGUAAACAUUCCCCAGCAACCUCUAAUAUGGAACCGGCGGUAAUAGGGGUUUCUACAGGUGGGACGGGGAACGCAUAGGCGACGAAGUCAAGUAAUCGUGUAUAAAAGAAAAGCCAUUGGGAAUGAGCGGUUGUACUUUGAGUGGCUGAGAAAUAGUUGCCCUACUGCUAACCCCUGACCCUAACCGUUGAUCGCAGCCCUUACCCUGAAACGUCUAACGCGAAAGUUAGAAGGAGAAGAGAGGCUGAAAGUCGAGAGGGACCACCGGCGUUGGGCCGAAAAAGGUAGGCACGACAACAAAGAAACAAGGCCGCCAACAGAACACACACCGCAACGAUCAGCAACGCCAUACCAACUCAAAAUAAUUCGGUUGACCAACAGUUGCGGCUGCAUACCCACAUCCUAUUCCAUCUCUUUAUGGAAAAGCCAGUUUUCAACUGACCAUUUAACAGGACAGAUCUAGUUACCCGUAAGUGGUUUAGAUCCGAGGUAGACACUGUUAGCCUUAGUAAAAAGGGCAGUUGAUUAAAGUAUGCAGACCGGGGCGGUACUAGCGAAACGGUUAUUUCGACACUUAAUUUCUGAUCGUCGCUUAUCAUUGGCGGCCCAGUGCUUGAGAGGUCAAUCGAAUACCUGGCGUGAUUGCAUCCUCGUUUGCACCUAUAUCCGAAGAUUUGACAGUCACGAACUUCACUUUUCCUCUGGAGAGAAAUUACGAAGGAACGGAGAAUCGCCUCAAAACGCAUCUUGCGCCUACCGGAAUGACAUGCAUGCAUACCGAUGGGCCCACUGAUUUCUGGGUUCAUAACUAGGACGGUUUUACAAGUAGUUGAGUCACUGAUAUUGCCACACCAUGGCCGAAGUUUUAUGCUCAGUUUGCGAAUGAUGUCCUCGGGGGGCAUAAGGAAUCAAACUUCUGAUUUAUUCUAAAGCCUUCUUCCCGGUCACCAGUCAGAUGACUUUCCUUGAUGUUUUUAUCUGUCAAAGACCCAAGUUUUCGGGGAAGUGACGGACACCACGAGAGUACCGAACGUCAAGAUACAGCCGCGUAAAUCAGUUGUAAAUGCAGGCGUCGCGUCAAGACUCGCCGGAGUAGAUCGGACGGCAGGCUUGCCUCCGGAGGGUAUUCAAGGAGGAUGGCUGCACGGACAACUUCGUCUAUUGGAUUCCAAGAUUUGGGCAAGCGUCCCCUUAUGUCUGGGGCGCCUUGAACCGUCCCCACUCACCACUCAGUGCCGGAAUUCCACAGCAGCCAGGUACUGCCACCCAGCCCUAAGCGCUGAACCCGAAAGCCCCACUGCCACGGCAAGAAACGUCAGGGGUCCCUACCGGGUCAGGUGUGGUUUUGGGUGAAUAACCUGCGUCGAAGUGGAGUGGGGCCUGCUCUAGGCGUAGAUGGUCGACUACGCGUCGGUUGUGAGGAUUUGUGACUUCAAGUUGCGGGUUGCGAUGCACGAGACACGAAAAGGCUACAUUCAAGUUCGAAACUUUUAAAAUCCUUGCGAGUCGCCAGUUUUUCAAGUCAUGGUUCUCAGACUCGGAGUUGAUCAUUAAACUUGACGAUUUCCACCGGCCUGAGGAGUUUUCGAACUGUUUGGACAAGAUACUUAAUUACAUAUGAAACUCGUGUAUGAACAACGCGAGGGGCGAAAUUGUCGACCAAUUAUUAAAUCAAUUACCAUAAUUGGUUAUGGAGGCCCAAUAUUUACCCAUUUAGGCGUCCAAAGCUAAGCAACUGUCGCCCCAAAUGCGAACACAAGUGACAAGUGUUCGCUAAUCAAAACAUCGAAUGAGGUUUAUCAGGCAAAAAGUGGAAUAUCGUAUCGGUAUUGUCCCCUGUGCCUCCUCAGUGGCUCUCAAAUUCCGGAUUUGGGCUCGUCUAUAGAUUCGAAACGUUUAAAUAAUAAAAAUUUUGUUCCUGCAAUCGAGUAAACGUCCUCUUAGAGCGACCCAAUUUCCACAUGGACGGAUUUUUACCGAUCUGACCUGAUCGUAAGAUGGGUUAGAGAGAUUCCGCUGUUUUGAAAGUGCGGUUUGUGUCUCCGCUUUGUUCGUCAUUAUAUGACUGCCUGCGAGACUUCUGAACCAGAGGUCAACGACGAAACAUAGUUCCUAUAAGCAAAAGAAAAGACUAGUCGAGCAUCGGAACAGUCUGUUUAGUUCUGAACUUUCAAAACCGUGCAGGCCAUGCAAAUUAAAGACCGGUUAAAUUCUGAGGAGCAAUCCAGGGUAGUAUAUCGCAUCCCGUGCCAAGAUCUGUCCUUGUAACUACACAGGUCAGAUUGGACGCAUGCUGGGACGAAUUAUCAGAAGUCUCUGGCCACAACUACGAAAUGGAUCAUGAAUUUAACUUUGCAGCCACCAAGAUAACCGCCCACACUGGGAACAAGACAGGCCGAGAAUUGACUAAGUCCUGUGCCUCGGAUGAGAACUGGGUCAAUCGAUUUAUCGAUCUGGCGCCAGCGUACAGAGCCUUGUGCAGCCACCUGCAGUCUUGCGCCAUCAAUCGAUGAUUGACUAGAAAGUCCUAUAAUUGUCGCUCGUCCUGCCGUCACUAUCUCUGACUAUGGGCUCCUGCACGAGUUCAAACGCUCAGAACAAUCAACAAGCUGUUCCAGUGCCCGACCUGUAACUCGAACUUUCGCCUCCAUAUAAUUCCUAUCCUGUCCUCCAGCUAGGCCGCAGAGUUGAGCGCCACUCCGGCGCUGUUCAAACUACUCUUACCUAACCGAAUAUGUAGAGCUCAAUUUUAUGGUGGCUGAUUUUGGCGGCAUUGGAUAAGACUUGUCAAAUAAAACUAACUGGUUGUUACACAUUACACGAGACACUGAGAAGUUAGGCGCGUUAAGCCUCCUGCAAGCUCCGGAGAGAGCAUUUAAAAUGUUUAUGAAAUGGGCGGUAUGUUACUUUACCGAAGAACGAACUGUCGGGCAAUAGUGUUCAAGGUACAUACACUUUCCGACUUUACCGUAAUAUGCACCGUUUUUAUUUUACCUACUCGAACCACGCUGGUACUGAUAGAGAUAAUACUUUUGUUCUGCCAGUUUUCGAUUGCCUCUGGGGACUGCGGCCCAGACUCCAGGGAGCCCGCGUGCCUCGUCUUGCGUCAGACAUCCGCGCGAAACGAAAGACUUUGCUUUUGCCGUUGUCCAUCUCCUCCGUAAAUCCCUCUUUCCUCCUCUAGUGUUGGAUCACAAAUGGGCUGGAGGCGGAGGGUGCCAUUGUCUUUGCCACAACGGAUCGCAGUAAGAAACACAAGGGGAUCUCGGCUUUCGUCAUGCGGACACCGCGGGAGGGCCUGGUAGUGGGCAAGCCGGAGGACAAGCUUGGCAUCAGGGCCACAUCCACCUGCACCCUGACAUUUGAGGACUGUCACUUGCCGCAGUCAGGCCUUCUCGGCGAACAGGGCAUGGGUUUCAAGAUUGCAAUGGAGACCCUGGAUGGUGGACGCAUUGGUGUGGCCGGCCAGGCCCUUGGCAUUGCUCAGGUGACGUUUGACAUCUGUGGCACUGCUUGCCACGAGUUUUAUACUAAUACUUUGCCCUGCUAAAGUCAGUCUUUGCCAUGCCUGUUGUACACGGAAACCCCGCGCCUCGACGCUGGUUUGAGUAUCUGCCGCCGUCUGCAUCCGGACAAUAAUUCGAAAAUCUGAACCCACACUUGCUUAACUAUCAAAUAAUCUCUUUCACAUGCUCCGUAGGGACGCGUGUAAGAAAGCAGUGGAUUUAAUUUUAUGGUGAUUCGUCUGCCAGCAUCAUCCAGUGAGGACGUCGUCAAACGAGCUAGUAGCUCUCAGGAUCCGUGCGCUUACUUUUGCUGCUACAGGGCAGGUAAUGAAUAUGUUUAACAAACAAAGGACUCAUUGACAUGGUGAGCAUAAGAAGGUAAGACAAUUAUUUAGAAACAAAAGUUAUCAGCAUGCAAUGACAGUACGACCGUCGUGGCAGACGAUGUCCACCAUCUGCUCCACAGCAAGGCGAGGCGGGCUGGCGACCUGCGCGGGAAUUAGUUUGUAGUGGGAGUAGACUUGCGCAACAUCUACUGCACUCCCUCCUCUUCACCACCCGGACUCGAUGUCGAGACAGUCCAUAAGAUCGGAGGUGAGGGAGAGCACAGGUGGCUGGCACGGCUGGACCCGCACCUAGGCGUACCACCGCACUUCCUAGUCCACAACAGACGCUUGACCAGGAGUUUAACCGACAAAAACAGCACCACAGAACCAUUAAUGCAUUUAACUUACGCAAUGCGGUUAGUUCUAAAAAUAGGCUUGAAAAGCAACUGAGUUGGAAAGGAUGGCCGCAACCUAGAUGCAGGAUUUUCGACCAAAUUUUUCAUCAGCUUAUGGCAACCCCAAGGUCUUUCAGCUCUCCAGCUGCCCAUCGGUCUUUUUUCCUCGUGGUUGCGACGGCUUCAGUGAAUGAACUCACGGUCCAGGGUUGAAAACGCACCGCAAACUACUACGACACCCAAAACCAACCAUAGGUUCUGCAACAAGCCGUAAGAAGGCGAGUUCUGAGUCAUUUCUGCCGGCGGAACUACUUAUUCUCUUUUUAAAAAAAACAAUUAUUGACAAAACCGGCGAAAUCACAUCAGAUUCAGGUCUGCUUUCCUUUUAUGGCAUUCUGACUUCAGUGGCCUCAUAGUGAGAAUCAUAGUAUUGCGCAGGUUCAGUUGCUGAUAUUGUCCCGCAUCUUUGCUGCCGACUUUGACAUUAGCAUUUAACGCCUCAGCCCCUUUAACUUGGUUCAAAAUGUACCUCAUCUCUUCUGGUCUUCAAUCAUCUUCCAAAAUGAGCCCCACUGUCGCCCGUUUUGGGUUGCUAUUGCAAUCAUGAGCUGGCGUAGUUCUGGUUGUAUGAGUCAGUUUGAGUAAUCCUCCAACAUCAGCACAGUCGUAGAGUUUGACUUUUUAGUUGAGAGAAGUGUUUUUUAGGAGAGGACACCUUUUUAGUGAUUCAGAAGUCAGGCUUUAAAUGCAAUUGCUGGUGUCGAUGUUUGUAAUUUUUUUGUAUAAUUUUGUUCUAACGACCCCUUCCCCUCGGCAAGGGUAUGAUUUAACUAACACUAUUGGCCCGAAGAUCAACAUAAUUCUCCUUUAUGUUCGUUUUCAGGUCGAACCACUGUCGGUUUGAAGGUGUUUGCUCAGUGUCGUUUAUUAAAAACCCAAUUAGCGGCCACAUUAGCAGAUCAUAACAGCGAGAAUUCCGGUAGCCAUGAUUCAUAAGUCACUCCGCACUGCCGCAAACAGCAGAGUUGAAGAAAUAGUUUUGAAGGCCGCUGAACGACUGCCGACUGCUCGCUGUACUUCGCACAAUCUUAGUCAUCUUCCUUUGAUCUCUUACAUGCUUACUGGAUAGUCCUGAAUAAUGCAGCGUGGAGUGAUCACUGGUCGCUCAAUCCCUUAUUACUAAGCCUCUGCUGCACGCCUAUCUGAUCGAUCGCAACGCGGUGACUGAUGUCGUUAGCUGGACAUUCGCGUGCGUGCGUAUGUGCACGCGUUAUCUCGUGCUCCGUCAAAGCCUGCAAGUGACGGUUCAGAUGGUCGGUCAAAGGUCAGUCAAACUCGCCUGAUGGUCGGGUCACGUUAACACACCCAGGCCGGCUUUAUCCCUCACCCCUCACGACCUCACCAAGCACACGCGGCGUCAGAGCAAUAAUCUCAUUCGUCAAUGAGGCGUCGCCAGCAUGCAUACAUCAAGCGGCAGCACAUACGGGGUAGAAAGUCAUUUUUGGUUCAUCUUGAUUUGUCUCAGUCAAUAUCGGGGAGGUUAGUGAUUUGAGCCUGAGUCACUACUGGGUCUUUUCCGCAUAGAAUUAGGGCCCGGAAGCUGGCACCGACAAAAGAAUCCGGAAUUAGACAUUGCGGCACCCCUGACUGUGGCGGUAACACAUCAGAAGAUUCAGCAAUAGUUACCGUUUAUGAUUGCUCAUGAAUGUUCCUAUCAUGUCCUGCAAGCAAACCAUUUCAUUGAACGCCACUCCGAUGUGGUGGUUAAUAUUCCCGAUCGUUGCUUUCAGAGCAUGCAACAGUGACUCAGUAGAUAUAAGUUGACCUCAGUGAUGAGCUAGACCUGGAAUAAGAUUGCAUGCCUUCACGUUUUGAAUUUGCAGUAUGGCUGAUUCAAAAGGCAAUUUGGCGAGCAUACGUCUGCUUUCGAUAAAUUCUCUUCAGGCCUGUACAUUUAUAUGGCUAUUGAAGUAAUGAAUUAAAAGAUACGGGCAAGUAGAUAAUUAAGCUGUAGCUCGGGUUUUGAGAGGGGAGGGGUAGAUGAAGCACCACAAUUCCAGUCAGCGCCCGGGAGGUGGGUCCCGGCGAAGGUAAUUACAUGCGAGUGGUUGACUUGGUGGCUUUGAACCAUGGUAACUGUGGGACCUGUACGAAGUUCUUCUGUGCGCAUAGGACCGGUCGGCGUAGCCUGAUUGCGGACGCCUCUGUCGUAGCCAACAAGCGCUGCCCAAGCAGUUUUGGAUAGCUUGAUGGAACCUUGUAAAUCACUCUGAAGGCCUCUUUGGCGUCUACACGGUGGUCUGUGUCCACCAUGUGCGCGAGGAUCAAGCUGUUGAUAUUCUUUAUUUGUCCAUUUCCUAACCAUGCCGGGAGAUGUUUUUUCAUUCUUUUGGAUAACCGCCGGCUCGUGCGACCAAUAUAUUCUGCCCCACAGGAACAGGGGAAGGAGUAAAUACACACAGAGGUGGUCUGAGCGGGUAGUUUGUCCUUGCCCUCUUCGUAUAGGAUGGGACUGGUGGAGAACAGUACACGGGUGUCAGCUGCUGGAAAGGUCUGUGAGACAGCUUGGGUAAGGCGUCUUCUUAAAAGCUCACUUUGUGCAUCCCCUUGGAAUGGGACCCUGAUAAAAAGCCUUUUCUUUCUUGCCGUCAGUAUCGGGGGCUUUUGCGGUCUUUCGGCCAUGUUCUUAGCAAUGAAUCGACCAGGAUUCCCGUUUUGGCUAAAGAGGCUUUCGAUUAUCUUCAGCUCUUUCCCAACGCUAUCAGCUGAGCAGAUUCUUCUUACUCUUUCUGUCAAACAGCGGACUAAAUUACGUUUAACGUUUUGCGGUACGAAAUUCCCAAAAUGGGUGUAUUGUCCGGACCACGUUUUCUUACGAUAGACGCUGCGUCGAAUGCUGCCAUCAGGUCUUCUACUCAGAAGCACAUCCAGAAAGGGGAGUGAACCGGACUGUUCUUCUUCCAGAGUGAAUUUUAUUGAUGGGUGCGCCUGAUUUAUGUCAUCCAGUAGAAUUGAGAUGUCACUUAGUUUCGGUGCAACCGCGAAUAUAUCAUCCACGUACCGCCCAUAGUAUCUUAAACCGUUGAUCUGGUGACGUAGCUGGAAAGCUUCUAACGUUAGCAUGAAUAUAUUCGCCAAAAGCGGGCCAAGAUGCGAGCCCAUUGCAACGCCGUCCAUCUGCCUAUAUAGGUUAUUGUCGAAUAGGAACUGCACGUUCAAGGUACACCUCAAUAACAAUUCCUUGAGGGCAUUCACUGGCAUUCCUAUAUCAUGUUGAUUGUCGGUAUGGCUGAUUGACAAAUAGUAGAUUAGCCAAAGGUUGUCGUUCCGACUCCAUGUAUCUGUUCAAGUAAAACUUCUGGAUCAACAUAUUGAAACCAAUUAAGUAAUCUGUCUUGUCCUUCCCAGAGUCUCGAUAGUGUGGCAACCAGGCGGUAAAUAUUGCCUGUUAGUGCUCACUUUAAAGUGGAACACUUAAAAGCUUCUCCCAGGAAUCCACUUUGUCACCAUUCAUUACUUGUUGUGUGCUUUCUUAAUAGGCGGCCUUUGAAUGCGCCAUCGACUACUCAGGUAAGCGUAGCGCAUUCGGUGUUCCGAUUGGUCAUCUACAGGCUAUCCAGAUGAAAUUGGCCGACAUGGAAGCACGCAUACAGUCGGCUCGCCUUCUUACCUAUUCAGCGGCUCGGAUGAAGGACAAAGGUGAACCCGUCACCAAACAGGCUGCCCUGGCCAAGUUGGUCGCUUCUGAAGCGGCUACAUUUGUUACUCAUCAGGUAAGCGCGUUUUCUGUGUGGACAAGAGGAUAUUACGCACAAGUGAGCCUAUUCACCACUUCUACUGCUGUCGCUCCCAUCAUUGUUGCCGUCCCAGUCUUAUCCGUCAGUGAGCCAUACACACUGCCCUUUAUAAUGAACGUCCAAUUCGACCUGACUGUCGAUAUUGAUUGCGCUUGUGUACAAAACCUCGAGAACCCCUCGUGCCUGUUUAAUAUUGGUCAUGGAGAUAACGUCAGCAUCGACCACAGUUGACGCUGUGAUCUCUCGAAUGUGCCCGCAAGGACGAGUGACACUGGUUCGUACCGGCGGACAGCCAGCCUAUGCUCGUUUCUGUGUAUUCCAAGGUGACGAUCUAUCCGGUCAGCAUACACGCAGGAGCAAUUUGUGCACGGAAUGCAGCGACUGACGUGUGACAUACCUAUGGCUGACUCGGUAGGCCAUCCCCCCCUCGGCCAGUCGUGGAACAGCAUUGUUAUCUAACAAGCUCGGAAGACUCGAUAAUUUUUUAUGACUCCUGACAUUACAAUUAAAAAAGAAGUCUCAUGCACUCCAGGAACCUUCAUCCUUUACAAUAGCCGAGGACCUCUAUUGUUCACAGAGCUAAUGAACAGCCUCGACUAGCUGGGCAUCGUUGGGUUGCGUGUAAAUGACCCCCCUCUCUUUCUCCCCUUAAAAAUCCUGGAAUUACACAGUCCCAAAUCAAGUAGUAAAGAAGACAACCUUAGACGGAUCGCUUCUCUACGCUAAAUGCACCUUUCUCGCAACCUGGCGUAUACGGGGCAUUAACGUUGAGAAGAUGGAGACGGAAUUGCAAUGACCUAGCAACUGUAUAUUAUAAAUAAUGUACACCAAGUGCAUCCGUUAACUUUAUCUGAUCCUGCCUUUAAUGACGGCUUCGAACGUCGUGUCGAAAACAUUGGACGGGUAAAAUUCUUGUUCCAUGGAUUGCGUCUCCUUUUUUCAACUGCUUACCGGAACUCAAUAUUAACGACAAGUCAGCGAAGCAGUCCAAGUGACCGCAGCACGACCACGCCAUCACUGACGUGUACGUGAAUGCACGACUCACUCGUAGACUGGCUUUACUGCAUAGACCGACGCCGCGUAGGGCUUAGUGCCCCGGAGCUCAGAUCUGCCAGCGUAAUAUGCUGAUUCGGACCCAAGUUUCACCGCCAGUAACGAGAACUGAUUGGAAGAAUUCUGUCGUUGAUCGGAAGCGGUCAUCUGCCCACGACCGAGUCAUUAUGUUUUAACUUGGCUCAUUUGCAUUUACCAGGAAAAUGCAAUAUCAUUUAAUCUCUUUUUGAUAACUUGGGCUUCUUCACCAUGCUUUCUUUAAUUUUUUUCAUGAGGAAGAAUGAUGCCAUUUUCUAUGUGUCUGCAGGCCAUCCAAAUUCUCGGCGGUAUGGGCUAUGUAUCAGAUAUGCCGGCCGAAAGACUCUAUCGUGACGCUCGCAUAACGGAAAUCUACGAGGGAACCAGUGAAAUCCAAAGGCUUGUCGUAGCGAGCAAUCUCUUGAAGGAGUACAACAUCAAAGUGUAA